CCUCUCGUCAGUACUGUCUCUGAGGAUCGUGAGGACGCUGCCGUGUUUUCACUUCACUGACACACUAACCGGCAUCACUGCUACACAAGCACCACUUCCCAGCACAGACGGACGGACUACAGAGGAGAUGAUGUGGACUGUUGUGAUACUGCUGGCUGCUGCCCUCAGUGUGGAGUCCUAUACUAGCCAUGACAGUGAGCGUUUAGGCCAUGGUCGCCAGCUGAAGAUCUACCUGUCAAAGAGUUGUGAGAAGCUGGAGUUCACCCCUGCAGAUGGUCUAAGCAGGACUCAGAUCUACUGGGAGAAAGGCAGGACCAGGCCAGACAAAGGCAGGGUGUCUGGCACAGGUACUGAUCGACGCUGGUAUCUUGACAAGGUGACUUUUGAAGACCAGGGGACGUACGUCCAGACAGAUUUCUGGCAUAAUGAGCUCUCCUCUUUCAAAGUGGCCGUCACAACCAAACUUAACUAUUUGAAGUGUGUAGCGGGAGAGAGUCUCUUCAUCCCACUGGAGGGCAUCGACUUGGCUGAUGCUGAUCUCGCCUUCUCUGGAGAGAGCGCUAAUGUUACACUGGUGCGUGAUGGUGCUCCUGUGGCCCGUGACCUUCCAGAUUACUGGGACCGGGUUCAGACCCACUCCAUGAAUAUCGAGAUCAGACAUGUGAACCACAGUGAUGAGGGACAUUACUCUCUGAGAGACCGCAAAAGCCGACUGGUGUCUGUUACCAGGAUGGACUUGACAGACCACCAUGAGCGCACAGAAGGAAACCCCCUUAUGGCUCUGCUGUUGCUACUUGGUAUCCCGGCUGGGAUUUGCUGCUGCUGUCGUAAGAAGAUUUUCAAGACGAAAGGCACGACUGCUGGGACUCUGCAGAUGACCCCAGAUACAUUCCAUCCUCCUCCUGGUCCUAUCGGACCUUCUCCUCCGUACAUUGCUCCUGGACAACCAGGGCCGGUGUACUACCCUGGCUCUAACCCCAGCAUGGCUCCUACAGUCUAUCCUCCGCCUCCAGUUGCUGGCCCAGGACAGUGGAACGGCCCCCCACCCGCAACUGGUUUUAACCCAGGUUACCCACCCCAGAACCCUGGCUAUCCUGCUGGUCCAGUUAUGGGCGUCCCUGCCCAGCCUCCACAUUGGAAUGGUCCACCACCAGGCCAGUAUCCCCCCGGACCUGUAGCUCCAAUGGGCUAUGCUCCAGCUCCAGUCAUGUAUAGCGCUGCUCCACCAGCCAGUGAACCUUUAAAUGAGAAUAUGGCUUCCUCACCUGCGGAACCGCUGCUGACCUUACCACCGGCUGAAGUACCCUAUCCUGUGGCUCCUCUGCAACCCUCCUCCUCCAACACCCUCCACUCCUCCGAAAGUGCCCAAAAGUUCCAGAUCAGUGGAACUGAUAGCUCCACCAACUUCCUGUAGGAAAGCUGCAUCCGGAAGCAGCUUCCUUCCUUAGAUGUUACAGUGCCCCCUCACCAUUUUGCAUCCCCCUUGCAUAGCAGUCAAAUCAGGGAUGCAAAAUGGUGCCGCUGGAAAUACAAGGACAGCAUUGAUUCUGUUCUUUGCCUCCUUGCCUUGAUCAGCAUUAAUUCCCCCAACUGAGUGAAAAUGAAGAGUUACUAGGCUGCACUAUUAAAUCUGCUGCAAGAGUCUUCGCCAGCAGUUUCAACAUGUAGGAGUUAGUUAUUUGGAUAUCUGAUUUCCAGACAGAAAUUAUUUUCCUGAAGUGUUAGCAUGUGUAAUAACCUGGAGUUUCACUUCACCAACAGUUUAAGAGAUGUCACUAGCAUCACUAACAUGUUUUCUAUCUACAUUUUCACUUAGUUCGGUCAUGUUGAUAUCUUCCUUUUUUUGGUAUAUCUGAUUAGCAAGAGUUGACUUUUGAUUUAACGUGUCAGGAAACCAGAAAACACAGUUGACAAAAGUCAGAGGCUAGGAGUCGCAAAAGGAAACCAGGAAUCUGUUUCAUAAAAGACUGGCUGAAAAUCACUCUGCAGUAUGCAGCAAACAUAUCUUAGAUGAGAGGUUUCACUGACGGACCAGACACACAACACAAAGAGUGUGUUGUAACACAAUGGGAGCAGCCCUGUGUCAUUAGCAUGACAACAGAGUUUUGCUCCCCUCUCUCCUGGGUCUGUUAUAUUGCAGGAUGUCAGUUUUUUUUUUACUUGUGCAUUGAAUGACUGGUCAGCUAACAUUGGCUGACUGUCAGUGAUUUUUGUUGUUGUUCAAAUAUAAACCAGGUCAGGGACCGAUCAGUGUGUGAACAGGACCAGCGGCCCCGCAGGUUCACUGUACCUGGUCAGGUUAUCUGUUUUCGUCAAACUGAUGAAUUGAAUUUGUGAAACUUUUCCUACACGUCUCUAUAAGCACAGGCCCUAGCUAACACAUGACUAGAUGGUCAAGGUGAUGUUGUGGUCAAUAUUCUGAACUGGCAAAUCAAAAUCCAACUGGUAAAUAGUGAACCACGGGGUUUUGGGGAUGACUUUAAAUCAAGCCGGGGCCCUCAGCAGUACCCCUUAGGUCCAGCUUGUUCUGGCCUUGCAGAUACAUACUUAUAUUAUGACAGGGAUUUGCUAAAACAAUACUACCUCAUUUUUUGGAUUCUAUGCCUAUUAGGUCAGCUCAUUCAGGAUAUGCUAAUAGUUUGUAUUAGUCAGUGCUUUGGAUUUGUACAGAAUGUCCCAGUCAAAUUACAAGUCAAUACAAAGCCCCAAAUCCUCUGAUAGUAACACUGUGAUUCCAAUGAAAUGGUUUUGCUGACCAGUGUGGCUGUUGUAAACUAUAACAGCUAAACCACCAGAAUGCAACCAGAUGAACCACUUCGACUGCCUUCAGUGUGACCUCAUGCCUUCUUAAUAUUACACAGUCAAAUAUUUAUCAUCAUCCAUCCACAGCUUUUGAUACUUGGUCCUAGACAAAUCUGCUCAAGACAAUGAAGCUUUUAGAUUGCAAACAUCUAGGGACACUGAUUUUCAGUAGUGCUGCUUUUAGCAUGAAGGUGACUGUGGCCUCUUUUCUUCUCCAUCGAUAUCUUUGGUUGGACUUUCACUUGGACAGCAUAACAAACUCCGGUUUUUAGCUUUCUGUCCUAGUUCUUAUGUGUCUAGCAUGUAGCAGCAGGACGACAGAUAUUGUUUUCAUUAAUGAAAAUCUUGUUUUUAUGCUGUACUUCUAUCUCUGUGAGGACCAAUUUAACUAUUGGACCAUAUGGUUGAGGGAAUUUUGACCAGUCCUUAUGUUCUGACACACCUUUUAAGAUUUAUUUGGGGGUCAAGACUGGUUUAUGUCAGUUAGUCCCCUCAUAAAGAUAUAAAUAUAUUUGUGUGCGUGUAAAAUGUAAACAAUGUUAGUCACUAAGUGUAGCUGUAGUUGAUAGUUGUGGGUGUUAUUAGAGUGGAGCCCCACAUCCACUUUUGGAAUUUCUGCCAGUGAACUCUGACAUUGGCCCUCUUACCUCUCAUUUUUUAUCUCUUCAUGCUUAACAUUUAUGUGCUACUUAACAUCUGAAUAAAGUGGCAUUCUGGAGUUCCUCUCAAAUGAAUUUAUAUGAUACUGUUACGAUACUGUACUUAAACAUCCUUCAACUGAAGUGAUGGUGUAAAACUGAGUAGAAACUCUAGAAAAAACAUUUGCUGUCAUUAUUCGUAUUUGUAUGUAAGAUUGUUUAUGGAUUAUGUACCAGAUCAAAUUGUCUAUGUAUAUCUCCCAGCAGCCAGUUCCUCGCCACUGCUUGAAGGAAAACGUGCACAGCUGGCAUACUUUAACCAAAUGUUGCACUUCACUGAUCUAGACAGAGAAGAGGGUAAAACAACACAUUGUUCUACACCAAGCACACAGAGGCAGAGGGACAGUUUCAUUUGCUAUAGCAGCACAAGCCAAAUAUGAUAAUUAUAUGUCUUGAUAGGAAGGGGAAUGCAUACAGUUAGUUUUCUUGAUGAGAAUAUAUUUAGAGUAUAUUUAUUCUGCCCCAGAGAGUAACAAACAGCUCAACAGAUACAGUACAGGAGAUAUAGAUAAAAUGAUCAGAGAAGAGUAGCAUCUCCAACAUUAAAAAAUAAUCCAUGUCUGUGUAUCUAAUAAGGAGACAUCAAAAUCCCCUGCAUUAAGUCUGUUUUGUAGCAGCCAAGUCAAGACAAGAAAAUAGUAUGAUUAGCAUGAAUAGACCGUGUGGUAACGUGUUUGAGGCAACUGACACAGCACAGCCAGUUGAAGUUAUGCUGCCCGAUUGUCUGUCUCAGGGUAGAGCAUCUCACCCACACACGCACAGUUCAAAGCCUUUCAGGCCUGGAACUGAGUGUCUUGUUUGGGCUUAGGCCAUUCACAUGCUUCAACACAUAGUUCUGAUGUAUGAUUUGUUGUGAAGGAUUGGGAAGGCGUAGAAGGUUGCUGUAUCCUGGGGCUAGUAAACAUGUAGCAACACAAACAUCUGAUAUUACGGACCAUAAUAGAUCUGUGAACAUGCAUGUGAUACAUGAAUACCAACAAUGUUUCUGUUGAUUACUAGCAUGAAGCCUCGUGAAAUGCAGCAGGACAGAGGCAGUGGAAUAAACAUGACCUCACUGAG